UGGAACUUACAACUCUGUCUUCUGUCUCAGAACGUGGAGGACGCUGUGAAGAUUGCAGGAGAGAUCGGCUACCCGGUGAUGAUCAAGGCCUCAGCAGGAGGAGGGGGGAAAGGCAUGAGGAUCGCCUGGAACGAUGAUGAGACCAGGGAAGGUUUUCGUUUGUCCUCACAGGAGGCUGCGUCUAGUUUCGGAGACGACCGUCUGCUGAUAGAGAAGUUUGUCGACAACCCCAGACACAUUGAGAUCCAGGUCCUGGCUGAUAAGCAUGGUAAUGCUCUGUGGCUGAACGAGAGGGAGUGUUCUAUCCAGAGGAGGAACCAGAAGGUGGUGGAGGAGGCUCCAAGUACGUUCCUGGACCCAGAGACACGUCGUGCGAUGGGGGAGCAAGCGGUACAGCUGGCUAAAGCAGUCCAGUACUCCUCUGCCGGGACCGUAGAGUUCUUGGUGGACUCUAACAAGAACUUCUACUUCCUGGAGAUGAACACUCGCCUUCAGGUGGAGCACCCAAUCACAGAAUGCAUCACUGGUCUGGACCUGGUGCAGCAGAUGAUCCGUGUGGCCAAGGGUUUCCCUCUGCUACACAAACAGGAAGACAUCCCCAUCAAUGGCUGGGCUAUAGAGAGCAGAGUCUACGCUGAGGACCCCUACAAGUCCUUUGGCCUGCCCUCCAUUGGACGCCUGUCACAGUACCAGGAACCCAUCAACCUCCCAAAGGUGCGUGUGGACAGUGGCAUCCAAGAAGGAAGUGACAUCAGUAUCUACUAUGACCCAAUGAUCUCCAAGCUGGUGACCUAUGGCGACACGCGCGCUGAAGCCCUGCAGAGGAUGGAGGCGGCUCUGGAUAACUACGUCAUCAGAGGUGUGACCCACAACAUCCCCCUGCUCAGAGAGAUCAUCACCCACCCUCGCUUCAUCUCUGGUGACAUCACCACUAACUUCCUGCCAGAGGAAUACCCAGAGGGGUUCAAAGGUCACCAGCUGACCUCCGAGGGUCGCAGGGAGCUCGUCGCCACCGCAGCCGCUCUCUACGUCUCCGCACAGCUCCGCUCCCAGAGGUUCCUGGGUAAUCUUAGGGUGUCCACAACCCCCCAGGAGCAGAGGCAGUGGGAGCUGUGUGUAGAGUUGGAGAAGGGAAGCCACACGGUCGCUGUGUCACGCUCUGGAUCCACGUUCACUGUGGAGGUGGAUGGAGUUAAGGUGGAGGUUAGUGGAGAGUGGAACCUGGCCUCAGCCCUGCUGCCUGUCACCAUCAACAGAACCCCCAGGGUUCUACAGUGUCUGUCUAGAGACGCUGGAGGAGACAUCACUCUACAGUACCUGGGCACACAGUUUAAGGUGCGGGUUGUCAGUCAGCUGGUAUCCACGCUGAGCGCUCACAUGCCUGAGAAGGUUCCAGAAGACACCAGCAGCAUCCUGCGUUCUCCCAUGCCUGGCUCCGUGGUCGCCGUGUCUGUCAAACCUGGAGACGUGGUGGCUGAAGGCCAGGAGAUCUGUGUGAUCGAGGCCAUGAAGAUGCAGAACAGCUUGAUUGCUGCUAAAGCUGCCAAGGUGAAGAGUGUCCACUGUAAAGCAGGAGAGACGGUUGGAGAGGGAGACCUUCUGGUCCAACUGGAGUAGGAUCUAACCUACGACCUCUAACCUCUGCCCUCCCACCUCUGACUUCGCUCGACCAGGGAUUGGCUUCGAAGUCCGGUUGAAGGAAUUCUGGGACGAAGGAAUGAACAGGAUACUAGUAGACUAGAUGGACCGUUCCCCAGUCUGUCCUUGUUGUUUUGUUCUGAUGUUUUGGUCUUCCUGUGGUACUAGUAGGCUACACUCUCCAGUAUUGGCUUCUGGGAUUCACUCGUUCUAGGAAUUUUCGACUGAAAAAACUGAAAAACAAGAUGGACGCUGUGGACCUGUUUUAGUGCCUUCAGCCUCUGAAAAGAGGAUUGUCCUUUUUAAAUAUGAUGAAUACUGUAUAUAUCACUUAGCUACAUGUCACUAAUCAUGUGUAAUGUACUUCCUCACUAGCCUGGUCUCAGAUCUGUUUGUGCCAUUUUGCCAGGACGUCCGGGACCAGGCUAGCACCUCUCAUUUCAAUGUAAUGAAACACUUGUAUCAGUUUAGAAACCUGGUUAUAGUAAAAACGCUACUCUCUUA